UGUCAUCCGCCCGGCGCGCCGGGGCCGCCAUGGACCGCGCCGGGCCGCAGAGCCCCGUGACGCUCGUCGUUAAGUCGCCGAAUCACAAGUUCCGCGACCAGACCGUUCGCUGCUUCGCCGACUGGACCGUGGGCCGCCUCAAGGCGCACCUGUCCCACGUGUACCCCAACAGGCCCCCACCAAAGGAUCAGAGGCUGGUGUACUCGGGCAGAUUGCUUUCAGAUCAUCUGCAGCUGAAAGACAUUCUCAGAAAACAAGAUGAGUAUCAUCUGUUUCAUCUAGUGUGUACUACUCGGCUUCCUCGCUGUUCCUCAGAGUCCAGCACCAGUGGAGAAAGCUGUGAAGCAUUGGCGGCCAGCAGCAGUAGUUCUGUGAAUCAAUCAGGAUCAACAGCUCCAUCACCUGGUCAAGAAAACUUGCCUUUAGCUGCCAGUUCUUCCUCAGAUGGGUUGAGGCAACGAACUGUUCCACAAGCACCAACCGACCCAGCACAGAGUCAUCAGAUCCCGUACGUGAUGCAAGGAAAUGUAGACAACCAGCUUCCGGGGCAAGCAAUCCCAGCUGGAUUCCCAGUGUAUCCUGCCUUCAGCCCACUGCAGAUUCUUUGGUGGCAACAGAUGUAUGCUCAGCAGUAUUAUAUGCAAUAUCAAGCUGCAGUUUCGGCCCAUGCCACAUCAAAUGCCAGUACAGCUCAGCCUGCUGUUUCCCAGCCUCUACAUUUGGCUCGUGUUCCUGGCAAUGAGCCCCCACCAGCUCCCAACCUCAUGGCCCAGGAUAAUCGACCCAUGAAUGAAAAUGUUCAGAUGAAUGCCCAGGGAGGUCCAGUACUGAAUGAAGAAGACUUUAAUCGAGACUGGCUGGACUGGAUGUAUACCUUUUCACGCGCUGCAAUCCUCCUCAGCAUCGUGUACUUCUACUCUUCUUUCAGUCGGUUCAUCAUGGUAAUGGGAGCCAUGCUGCUGGUCUAUUUACACCAAGCUGGAUGGUUUCCUUUCAGGCAAGAAGGUGGUCAGCAGCAGGCUCCUAACAAUAAUGCUGAAGUUAACAAUGAGGGGCAAAAUGCAAACAAUCUAGAACUUGAAGAAAUGGAACGUCUUAUGGAUGAUGGGCUUGAAGACGACAGCGGAGAAGAUGCAGGUGAAGAUGCCAGUGCAGUGCAGAGGCCUGGACUGAUGGCGUCAGCUUGGUCUUUUAUCACCACCUUCUUUACUUCACUGAUACCAGAGGGGCCUCCCCAGGUUGCCAAUUAAACCUGAAAAACUGUGCCAGCUGCAAAGGGAGGGCUUGACUUUAGCAAAGUGUUUUAAAUAACAGUGCAAUUUCAAAAAAAUUUAUUACUUUCUUUUCAUCAUGUAUAGAGGUGUUUUUUUCUUUGAGCUUCUCAUGCAUAUGGAUAUUUUAAGCACAAUGGACUGCUAAGUGUGUGAUUUUUUAAAAAAAAAUUCUAACAACAAUAGUGUAACAUAUUGGUCUUCAAGAUUUUAUUAAUUAUGCGUAUUAUGCCCUAUUUGUAUGUCUGGUUUCUUUAAGGAGCUGCUUCAUGUGGAGAUAUCUGUAGUCAGUAGCCCUCCCCCUGCUCUUCAGUGUGUAAUUUGAAUAAAUGUGUCUAUUUUUUUGUGAAUUGUCCUGAAAGUUAUAAACAGUGACUUCAUAGUUUAAAUAAAGAAUAUUAUUUACCGAAAAUAUACUAAUAGCAUUUUGCCUAGCCAUAAAGCAGUACAUUUCAGUUAAGUCUCCUUAGUUUUGACAUUCGGAUAAAUGAAAACUUAUUUUAAGGGCAUAUAUCCCAUCAAUUGGAAUUAGUAUCUUAACAGAUGUAAGGCAGCUCUUCAGUGGAAUUACUAGUGAUUAAUGUUUGAUACAGCAGUACUUUUAUAGAAUAAGAUGUUGGAAAUCACUCCCUGUAAUUUUUAAAAAUAAACGGUCAAUUAUGGUAAAACUGUU